UUGAACAUUAUCAUUAUAUUUUUAAUGAAAUAAUAAGUUAUUUAAUUAUUUUUGCAAUUUUUAAAGAUGCACGUAUAUUUAUACGCAUUACUUAAAAAUGUGUACAUUUCCCAUAUAAAGUACAUUGUAAUUAGAUGAAUCAUAUAUUUUAACAAAAUUAAAAUAAUUCCAAUUAUAAAUAUACAUUUCUAAUUAUGAUGAAUGUUAAGUAAAAAUUGUUACUUCUUAUUUAAUUCAAAAUAGGAAUCAGGAAUAGAAAGUAGCACGUUGAUAUCUAUCAGUUGAUAUCUAUUUUCAUGUGCUUUUCAUGUGACCAGAUACAGAAUUAGUGAGUGAUAGUUGAUAAAAUAAAUGUUUAUACACAAUCAAAUUUUAUAGAAUGUCAUUUCCAAAUAAAGAAGAUCGAUUGAUCUGUUGGAGUCAUAGGGAUGAAUAUUGGAAAUGCUUAGAUGAAGCAAAAUCAGAAACGAAUUGCAAUGAAUUUAGAAAAAAAUAUGAACAAUUUUGUCCUUCUCAAUGGGUGAAACACUUUGAUCGUAAAAGGGAAUAUCUAAAAUUUAAAGAGCGUUUGGAGCUAGAAGGAUAUGUUCCAGAAGAAAAAAGUCAAACAUCUUUUUAAUAAAACAAUUAUAACUUACAAAUGAAUGUAUCUAAGAGUAAUAAGUUUAUUAUUUAUUUAUUACAAAUUUCUUAGUUCAUAAAAAUAAUAAAUAGAUACUACAAA